UGAUUUGCCCGUCAACGUUUUGGUUCCCAUAAUAUUUGUGGCACGUCACGUGCAUCCAAAAUUUUAAAUGUACGCACAGAUCUAAAAUACAAAUCUAACAAAAAAAAAAAAGGAGAAAACCUUAAUUGAAAUAAAAAUUCCCAAAGUCAAGAAAAAGAGUCCAAGCGAAACAAAUCAACAGAAACCGGCAUUAUGGUCCGGCGUAAAGGCCUAAUGGGUGGCCUGGCCAAGCAAUUGUCAAUGAGUGCCUAUCAGAAUCUAGUCUCGCCAUAUCGUCAGCAACCAGUAGGGGCGGGGUUUGCCCCCCAAACCAUUAUACGGCAAAGGAACUUAACACCCUCGACUCCUGAAUAUUGGCAUGCAAUGUGUAAUAAAUUAGUUGGAGCCAUGCCACGCAUGGCUACCAUGACUCAACCUGAUGCCAGUAGUCGUAAAUUGAAUCGUUUGCGAAGGAAUUUAAUGAAGCCAGCGUCAACAGCAAAAGAUUCUGGCAUAGGCAUAAUGUCUGGAUAUAUGCAACCACAGCGAAAUUGUCAACCCGCGAACUGGGUUCACCCUGGAAUGGAGCUACCCAAAGAAUAUGGGAUAGUGGGAAGACAGUCACCUACAUCACCUACGGGUGGGGUAAGACCCGGUUUCGGCCAAAAUUUUGAACCGCCCCGGCAACAAAUUCACAAUCGCUUUAAUUUUGGAAUGUGUGCUGGCAAUUUUAUUGGCGAAGAACCACAGAAUUGUCCAUCUCAGACAUCUAUGUAUGCAGAAGUAUUAGCAAAGUCCAAAGAGUUUACUCCAGUUAGUAUCUUAAAGAAACGUUCAUGCUCUGAAACUGGGCGUGAGCCACCCGGAACUAAACCUGCUCAGGUGAUAAGUAUUCUUCGUCAAGCAGAGACCCCUAAAAUGGCUAAAGAACCAUCAUUGCCGUCAUUAUCCAAGCCAGCUUUAAACCCACGUUGUAAAUUCAGUGAACCGUUGGUAGUUAAAGCAACCAGCAAGCCCAAGUCAUCUGUGAGAAAUGCUAGUAAAGUUAAGCCACCAUCCAACCAUCCAAAUAAGAUCCCACAAAAGGCACAACCAGAGGUAAAAGCAUAUCAAGAGCAAUCAGAAUAUUGGCACUCACAGCCAACAAGCAUAUUCAACUUUGGCAAGUGUGCCAGCCAUUAUUUGGAUAGCUCUCCUGAUGAAUCGGACUCAGAAUCCAUAAUGUAUAAGGCAGCCAAUGCUAUGGAGCAUGCGGAAUGCAACCCAAAGAAGAGUCCUUCACGGGUAAAUUCUCCUCUUGCGCCUGCUUUAGCAAGGGUUCCUGAAGUCUUUCACAUUGUGGGUAGUAUACCAUCCGCCAAGCUGUCCUCAGAGUUACCCAAAAGGGUAGUUAAAGUGACGUCCAAGAGAUUCUUAAAACGUCUAGCUCAGCGUUUAGAGUCUGGUAAUAAUACCAGUACCAUAACCCUUACAGAGGAUAAUGUUAUCAAACCGAGUAAAAGUGCUCGGUCUAGCCAAACAACGCUAAGGACGUCCAAUGAAGUGCAAACGCCGCCAACAAGCACAUGUAACUUGGAUUUGGAGGCACUUAAGAAACUAUUGCAUCCCGAAAAAUCAACUAUAACAGAGACCAUGCCAACAGAGGUGAAAUCCGAAACUAGAGAUUCGCUGAAUUUGAAUGAACUUCUCUCUGGCAACAAAGUUAAGAACAUGGAAGAUAAUCCCUUAUGGGAUUCCCUAAUGCGUCUGGUUGUUCACAUGUGUGACGCCAAGGGAAAUGACCAAAAAACCGACUCCCCGGCGGCGGUGGUGGCAGAGAAAUCACGAUUAAGUGCUGGAGACGGUCAAGAGCGAAAGCCCAAGCAAUAUUCGGUGUAUCUAUUGGUUAGUUCAGAUGAAGAGGAUGGACAUGCCAUUAGCCAAAGGACUAGUUCUCUACCCAUAGAAGUCAAGUCCAGCAAAAAAACUGUUAGCUAUAGCAAUUUAACCCAUAAGAAGACCGAGUAUACCGAACAUUGCCAUCAAGUGUAUGAACAAGAACAUCCUAAAAUUAAACGUAGAAAGAGAAGAUGUCGCCGUAAUCUUUGUGAUACUCAAUCCUACUGCCUUUUUCCCGAGCAAUUGCCUAUACGUCGUCCUUUACAUUGGCCCAAGCCGGAUAUGUCCAAGCCAGAAAAUAGACAAAUGCGAACCAGUUCAAUGCCCAAAAAAUCAAAUCGUAAACGUUCUAUGAGCCUGGCCCUGGAGCAACAUCAACGUAGCUGGCGAAUGUAUGAGAAUCAACCAUUAAAUGCUCGUGCCUUACAAAAGGAAUAUAGCCGUUUGUUAGGUUCUAGUCAUUCGAAUUUACGCACAGUGUCUUGUAAAUAAGUACAGACCAUGGAGGAAGUCCAUCGUAAGACUUCAACUAUAGUCUGCCCUUAUUAACUAGCCAUACCGUUUAGUCCUAUGUUCAGUUCAAUGUAAUAAAAAAUUAAGACUACUUUCGGGUAAAAUCACA